ACAGAAGCCCAACAAAAAAAAAUAAAAAGUAUACGGUGAGGAAACUGAAAACCGGGAACGGCGUAGUUUAGCGUUAAAAUUAUAAAAAGGCUACAAUGCACCCACAGUUACCGUCAUUCGACGCAGCCCAUAGUUCCGCCAUUGAUCGGAGAAUAAAUUCUCUUCUCAAACAUCUCGAUCCUUCUUCAUCUUCUCAAUCUGCUGCUGCGGCUAUGGACUCAUUAUCUGCUUCUCCAACUUCCUCAUUUCAAUCCAACUCUGUCUUUUCUCACGUCGAUCAAGCUCCUGAAGAUCCUAUCCUUGGGGUUACUGUUGCCUAUAACAAAGAUCCCAGUCCGGUUAAGCUGAACUUAGGUGUUGGUGCUUAUAGAACAGAGGAAGGAAAACCUUUAAUCCUUAAUGUUGUCCGAAAAGCAGAGCAGAUACUUGUUAAUGACAGUACCCGGGUAAAGGAAUAUAUUCCUAUUGUUGGAAUAGCUGAUUUCAACAAAUUGAGUGCAAAGCUCAUUUUUGGUUCUGACAGCCCUGCUAUCCAAGAGAGCAGAGUGACCACUGUUCAGUGCUUAUCUGGAACUGGCUCAUUGAGAGUUGGGGCUGAGUUCUUGGCUAGACACUAUGCCCAGCGCACUAUAUAUGUUCCUGUACCAACAUGGGGAAACCACCUGAAAAUUUUCGCACUGGGAGGCUUAGCUGUGAAAACUUAUCGUUACUAUGAUCCCUCAACACGUGGAUUGCAUUUCCAAGGUUUACUAGAAGACCUCGGUUCUGCUGAGAUGGGAUCCGUUGUGCUUCUUCAUGCAUGUGCUCAUAAUCCUACUGGAGUUGAUCCAACAUUGGAGCAGUGGGAGCAGAUCAGGCAAUUGAUUAGGUCGAAGGGGCUGUUGCCAUUUUUUGACAGUGCUUAUCAGGGUUUUGCUAGUGGAAGUUUGGAUGCUGAUGCCCAACCUGUUCGCAUUUUUGUGGCUGAUGGAGGCGAAUGUCUUGUAGCUCAGAGUUAUGCAAAGAACAUGGGACUUUAUGGAGAACGUGUUGGAGCCCUGAGCAUUGUUUGCAAGAAGGCUGAUGUUGCUAGCAGAGUGGAGAGUCAAUUGAAACUUGUCAUCAGGCCUAUGUAUUCAAGUCCUCCCAUUCAUGGCGCAUCUAUAGUGGCUACCAUUCUCAAGGAUAGUGAAAUGUAUCAUGAAUGGACUAUUGAGUUGAAGGCAAUGGCUGAUCGUAUUAUCAGCAUGCGUCAAGAACUCCACGAGGCCUUGCUAGCCAAAGGUACACCUGGUGAUUGGAGUCACAUUAUCAAGCAGAUUGGAAUGUUUACUUUUACUGGUCUCAACAAAGAUCAAGUAGCUUUCAUGACGAAAGAAUUUCAUAUUUACAUGACGUCUGAUGGGAGAAUAAGUAUGGCGGGUCUAAGCUCAAGGACAGUUCCACAUCUUGCUGAUGCUAUAGAUGCAGCUGUUAAACUAGCGGGUUAAGUAACAUAUUCAGUUUCUUCUUCUUCGUAUACUAAGUAAUGCUGGUAAUUUCGCGAGGAUGUUGUUUUGUUAGUAAUAAUUAUUCACCUCGACGAAGGUGAAAUAUGAAUGGUUGAAAAUGUGGUAUUCUUUUAGGAUGCUGCUGAAACUGUGCUAUUGAAAAUGAGUUUUAUUUAUUU